AUGGAGUUCUAUCGUCUCGGCCCGGACGCCCUCUCCACCUUCUUCCGCCCGAAGACCCGGGGUCAGCGAGCCGUCCUCCGGUACAUACGAGGCGAGGUGGAAGCACUCCGCGAGAUCCUCCAAGAGCGCGACCGCGCUGCUCGACUUGCAAUCUCCGCGCCUCAAGUCACCGGCACGAGCGCCACGCACAGAUGGCUGCGAGACCCAGGCCCCCAAAGCGUUGCCGAACUGCUCGCUGAGCGGGACGCGGCGGCAAGCAACUUACGGGAGGACACGAGGAACUUCUCGUGGCCCUGGCGCAAGCAAGCCUCUGCCAGUGGGAGUGGUCCUGCUCCUGGCUCUCCUCGCACGUCUGGUGAGACACAAGCCAAGUCUGACAUCAAGCUUGGUAAGUGUCAGGGCCACAUGUCAACGUGCGGAAUGUCUGAAGGCUGUAACAUCGGUCGACCUCCUCCGCCGACGACUCAGAACUUGCGCGCCCGCAUUCUCCAGGUGGCGCGCGAGCGCGAAGACGAGCGUAACCAAACGUCAACAAGUCGUUGGCCGAGUUGGAGAGCUGGGAACGGAGAGAGCUCAACUAGUGUCGAGCCGAGAUGGCCCUUCUCUUCCUCGCUGACGGAUGAUGAGUCCGACGACGAGGACGACUCGUCCAUCGACUCGGAUGAUGGUCAGGAGUUCAUGGACAGGGUCUAUGAUCUCCAGCAGAAAUCUGCUUGCUUCGUGGCAGAAAAGGUAAGUUUUCAAAAAGCACGAAUGGUGGACACAGACGAUCAGGAGACCGCUUCCAUAAACUCAAGUGAGAAGUCGAACUACGAUAACGAGCAACAAGACGACUACAGCGACGACGACUACGUGCCCUUAUGCCGCUAUCCCAGCCGUGGUCAAAACAGUGCGGCUUACAAACCUUGGAGCUCCCUCUACGUCCCGCCCGGUUCACCACCCCUCGACUCACCGCCAGGCGGACCGAUGCCCGGAACCGCUUCGCACCGGUUGUCACGAGACAUCUACUUCGACGAACCCGAUAGUGGCCGUCGUCUCGUCCCGCGUCUGUAUUGCCUGGCUGCCUUCUACCCCUUCUACUCCGCAGACGGCAUGGCCCGAGUUCGCGAGCUGUACGCUCUCUGCGGGUGUCCGCCGCACUACAAGCCGGUGGACGUCAUUCUCGCUCUGCUGCGCUGCAAGCCGGAAACCCGCGCGUUCAUGGCCCGGAAGGUGCCUGGGGUCGCGCGCCGCGCGAACCAGAUCAACUGGAUGAAUGCCGAUUACGAAAUCAGCAAUGACGAGGACUCCAGACUGUUUUGGGAAUGGGAGCAGAGCGGUGAGCCUCUCUUCAAGAUGGAAGAUGAGGAGAGGAGGCAACUGGGAGAGGCUCCCGACAGCGAUGAGGUUGUACGUCCUCGAGAAGUGGCUUCCAGGGUGCCGCGCCACUUGGCUUGGAAGCCUGUAAAGAGUAAGUUGUCUGAGGAGGCUUCGGUCUAA